UUGCCCAUGGUAACCCCGGAGCCGCGCAGAGGAUGGGUUUACUGUCAAUACUGCGUAAACUGAAAAGCGCGCCAGACCAGGAGGUGAGAAUCCUCCUCUUGGGACUGGAUAAUGCAGGCAAGACCACACUCCUGAAACAGCUGGCAUCUGAGGACAUCAGCCACAUCACGCCAACACAGGGCUUUAACAUCAAAAGUGUACAGUCUCAAGGCUUCAAGCUGAAUGUAUGGGACAUAGGCGGACAGAGGAAGAUCAGGCCAUACUGGAGGAACUAUUUUGAAAACACUGAUAUCCUUAUCUAUGUCAUUGACAGUGCAGAUAGGAAGAGGUUUGAAGAAACGGGUCAGGAGCUGGCUGAGCUUUUGGAUGAAGAAAAGCUUAGUGGAGUCCCCGUGCUCAUAUUCGCUAACAAGCAGGAUUUGCUGACGGCUGCCCCUGCUUCGGAGAUUGCUGAGGGACUGAACCUACACACAAUCCGGGACAGAGUCUGGCAGAUCCAGUCUUGUUCAGCUCUUUCAGGAGAGGGAGUACAGGACGGCAUGAAUUGGGUGUGCAAAAACGUCAAUGCUAAGAAGAAAUAAAGCGUUCUGAGCUGCAUGGAAAUGGAGGAGCGGUGGGAACAGAAUUCUAGCCUGAAAACACUAAUUUGCUGCUUUCUGACCAAAUGUUUUUCCAUCUGUGCACAGCUACAGCUGUUAAAAGAAAAAAAAAAGAGAGAAAAAAAGGGAACAACAUCAGUUAAAACCUACUGCUGGAUUUGGAACUUGACCUGCUCUUUAGUAUCGUUUUUUAUCCCAAUAAAGGAAUUAUAUAUUUCCUCCCUAUGCAUAAAUAGUAUUAAAUGUCUGAUUAGCAAGCAAGUUUGUAAGCAGAAGCAAGACUGUGAUUCAGUGUGGAGCAGAGGGAGCGGUGAGUUACUGUAGUUGCUUAGAUGCAUAGGACCAGGUUUGUGGUUGCUGAGGACAUGCUCAGGUGUCAGUCACAGCUUCCCCUCAGUGACAGAUAAAAUGCGGUUGUGUUACCAAUUGUGGGUAGUUUCUUAAAAUAAAGCUGCUAAGGAGUCA